AUUAACGAAAAAGGCUGAACAAUGCAGGCUCGUAAUAUCACGGGCCUACGUGGCAGGGACAAUGGAACAGCAUGAGAUUCAUUUGUUUACUUCAAUCAACUCGUGCUACGUGGCCUGUGAUGGCCGUGUUGUUUCGCAUCACUGGAAAGCAGAGCCUUGAAACGAGAACACACAUUCACGGGCAAAGCAUCACAGGCUAGUGGCCCCACCUUUGCGUCACAUGCUGACUUUUCAACAAAGCAAUUUUUUUUUUUUUUUUUUAAAUGAGUAAAGUUCAGCAAGGAAAGACCUUGCUUUACUGUACACCCAAGCGCUCUCUCUCUCUCCCUCUCUCUCUCUCUAUCUAUUUGUGCGUGUCAGCUGCGUUGAAGCCAGCUGCUGCAAACCUGUUCACUCUCUCUGAUUCAUCUCUGCCCAGCCUCCGCUCCGAUCAUCUUCUCAUCGGGAUGGAAAGCACAUCACCUAGCAAAAGUAAUUUUGACUUGGAGAAUGAUUUGAGUAAAGAAGAUGGUGGUGAUGAUGAAAUAGAUGUGGAUUUGAGUGAAGAGGAGUGUGGUGCCAAUGAAAUAGAGGAGGAUUUGGGUGAAGAAGAAAUUGGUGAUGAGCAAGGGACACAAAAUCUUUUGAGUGCUAACGAGAAAGUUGCUCCACCUAAAGUCGGCAUGCUUCUCAACUCACUUAAUGAUCUUUAUCAAUAUUAUAAACAAUACGGUAAGCAAGAAGGUUUUGGAGUAACUAAGCUCUCAAAGUCUUACUCAGCUGAUGGCAAAUAUAUGUGGAUAACCAUAUCAUGCUCUCGAGCAGGGAAGAUGAAAUCUGUUAAACUAAAUCCCCUUAAGCCCAACCCUAUGACUAAAACUGGGUGUAAAGCAAGGGUCAAUUGUGUUGUUUCAAGGUUGGAUGGAACAUGUAAAGUGAACUCGAUUGUGUUUGAGCACAAUCAUGGGUUGUGCCAUAGUGAACCACAUCUCUUCUCGCGCAAUCGGGAAAUAAACAAAGCUACUCAGAGGAAGUUAAAAAUAAAUGACCAGGCUGGGAUUAGCAUGAUUGGUAAUUUCAAUUCCAUGGUACCUGAAUAUAGUGGCUAUGAGAAUAUCCCAUUUACAGAGAAAGAUUGUUGCAAUUUUAUGGAGAAAGCAAGGCAUUCAUGCCUUGGGGUUGGAGAUGGGCAGGCACUUGUUCAAUAUUUUCAAAAGGCGCAGGCAAAAAAUAAGGGAUUUUUUUACUGUUUGGAUAUAGAUGAGAAUGAUCGAAUCAAGAAUGUGUUUUGGGCUGAUAGUAGGAGUAGGGCAGCUUAUGCUUCAUUUUGUGAUGUGGUCACAUUGGACACGGCUUACUUGACAAAUAAAUAUGACAUUCCACUUGCAUCCUUUACUGGAGUAAACCACCACAAUCAAUCAAUACUUUUAGGAUGUGGGCUAAUAUCAAAUGAGGACAUCCCAACAUUUGUGUGGUUAUUUAAUGCUUUUUUGUCAUGCAUGGAUGGAUGCAUGCCCAAUGCUAUCAUUACCGAUCAAGAUAAAGCCAUGAAAAAGGCAAUUGAAUUGGUAUUUCCUACGAGUAGACACCGUUGGUGCAUAUGGCACAUAAUGAAGAAAAUACCUGAAAAAUUGAGGGGUUAUUCAGAGUAUGAGGCACUCAAAUAUGAUAUGCAAAAUGUGGUUUAUGAUACUUUGACAAAGGAGGCAUUUGAAUCUAGUUGGGGUUGCUUCAUACAGAAAUUUAAUCUACAAGAUAAUGCAUGGUUGAGUAGUUUGUACGAGGAGCGUUCCUGUUGGGUGCCAGCUUUUGUGAGGGAGACCUUUUGGGCUGGUAUGUCUUCGACACAACGCAAUGAAAGUAUGAACGCUUUUUUUGAUGGGUAUGUGAACUCCAAAACAUCUUUAAAGCAAUUUGUGCAACAAUAUGAUAGUGCACUAAGGAUUAAAAUUGAGAAGGAAACUCAAGCUGAUUUUAAAGACUUCUCUUCUAUUAUUCCUUGUGUGACUCAAUUUCCAAUUGAAAAGAAAUUCCAAGGAGUGUACACUUCCACAAUGUUCAAACAAUUUCAAGAGGAGUUAGUGGCAAUGCUUUACUGUGUAGAGCAUCCACCAACUUUACUCACCGAAGGUGUUUGGGAAAUUUCAGUAUUGGAGUGGGUGUUUAUUGAUGGGGUGAAAAAACAAUGUAAGUUUCCUGUCAUAUAUAAUGAAAGGAAUGUUGAUGUUUGUUGUGCUUGCCAUUUGUUUGAAUUUAAAGGUAUCCUUUGUAGACAUGUUCUCACGGUUUUGGUAAGAAAGGGAAUAGAAAUUGUUCCCAUGAAAUAUAUCCUUCCUCGUUGGAGAAAGGACCUAAAAAGGCAUCACACAAAGAUUAAAGUUGACUACGAUGGUUGGUGUGGAAGUGAUGCCAUGAUUCGAUUUGAUGGAAUGUUGAAGAAGUUUGAACUUAUAGGGGAUCAUGCAUCAGAGGAUCAACAAGCCACAUCUAUUGUUCAUGCAACUUUGGAUGGAUUGAUGGAGACGUUGCGUAUAAAAUACUUCGAUACUAGUGGAACUAAAAGCACAGGGUUGCAAGAUGCAUUUCCUGUUGAAGAAACUAUUGUGCAUGGCCCAGUGAUGGUUAGAAGAGAUGGGCGACCCCCUACUACCAGAAAGGUUUACAAAUUUGAGCAAUCUGUAAAAAAGGCAAGAAAAGAGUGUUAGAAAAAAAAGACAAAUUGUGCAAGGGAUGACGACAUGAUCAAGCACCAACUUCCUCUGCUCUUGUUGAGUUCUCCCCAUACAAGGCGUCAGUUUGUAGGUAUAUUUUUUAUUUUUUUAAUUUAUAACUACAAGUUUAAACGUUUCUAUUUUAUUUAGAGUGGAAUAUUGUCUUAUGUUGAUGCAACAAGCUGGUUCAUAUGCCAAGUCUUUUCUGAGCAGAAUUCUUGGUUUCAAGAUGGACCUCAUUAGUACCCAAGAAUUUAAUAAGUAUCAUAUUACAUUGUUAUUAUUAAGUAUUUUUAGUUGGGGAUGUA